CUGAGUGUGGAUUUUAUUUUGAAGGGCUCCGUCGCGCGCUGCUCCGGGUCGUUGUCGCUCGCUUGUUGCGGUACAGUGACGCCAUCUUGAAAUUGUCCCGAGCGGAGCUGCAGAAGAGCAGCUCGUACUGAACGACGCGGAUUAACGGUACUGUCAGCCCCCGUCGUCUGCGCCUCUUACCGUUCGGACGUCGUCGUUAAAGUGCUUACGCCGCCGGUGAGCUGCGUUGUGGAGGAGAGAGAAAAAGUGGGGGGACCUCCCGUUACCGGAGCGGACGGACCGGAGCCAGCCAGGCUUCCACUCGGAAUAUAACGGCACGAAAAGCCGCCGUUUUCACGGAGGGGGGCAGCGGCGGAAUGCAUAUCUAAGCGUGUUAUUUUUUUUACGGCAUGUUGUUUUGUGGCCGCCGGGAGAAGUUGACUGGGGGAGCGGAGUGCGCUUGAUUUGCAGUCCGAUGGAUGUUCGCCCCCGCCGGCUGUGGCUCCGCUGCUCCGAAGACACUCACAGCGGUGCUGCACACCGAGCAGGUCCACCACAAACCGAGCUUUAAAGCAGACAUGCCCCCUGCUCUGUGAUCCUGGGAAUACUCAUCUGUUUGGGACUCGUUGUGGCUCGCACCAGCCGGGAUCUUUUGGCUCCUGAAAAUGCCCUUUUUGCAGACACGGUGCUCCGUGGAGCGGCCACGCGUUUAACUCUUCAUCUGUUUGGUCUCACUUUUUCCCACAGGGUUUUAUUUUAUUAUUUUUUUUUAAUUCCUAUUCAGUGGAGCGGACUCGGAUGGAAAAUGGGAGACGCCACCAAACUGGCCUUCGCCGUUUUCCUCAUCUCCUGCUCUUCAGGUGCCAUUCUGGGACGCUCGGAGACGCAGGAAUGUGUCUACUACAACUCCAGCUGGGAGAAGGAGCGCACCAACCGCAGUGGCAUUGAACCGUGUUACGGUGAGAAGGACAAGCGGCGACACUGCUUCGCCACGUGGAAGAAUGUCUCCGGUACUGUAGAAAUCGUCAAGCAAGGCUGCUGGCUGGAUGAUGUCAACUGUUAUGACAGCAAUGAGUGUGUGGAGAAGAAGGAGAGUCCUGACGUCUUCUUCUGCUGCUGCGAGGGCAACAUGUGCAACGAGAGGUUCUUGUAUGCCCCUGAUGCCACGCCCCCUCAGAGCGAGUCGCACCGUCAGUCGACGGCCUACAGUACGUUCUCUGACAGGGUUCAGCUCAUAAUGCUCUGCACAAACACAACUGGAGCCACCUCAAACCCAUUUUCCCAGAAGCCCCAGCUCUUCAGCACGCUGCUGUACUCGCUUGUUCCCAUCAUAGGCCUGGCCGCCGUCGUCCUCUUCUCUUUCUGGAUGUGGCGACACCACAAACUGGCGUACCCGGCGGCUCUCGUUCCCACACAUCACGCCUUUCACAUUAUGGUGGAGGAUCCUGGACCGUCACCCCCAUCGCCGAUCUUGGACCACAAGCCACUGCAGCUGAUUGAGGUGAAAGCCAGGGGGCGCUUUGGCUGCGUGUGGAAGGCUCAGCUGCUGAAUGAAUAUGUGGCUGUGAAGAUUUUUCCUAUUCAGGACAAACUGUCGUGGCAGAACGAGUACGAGAUCUACAGCGUGUGCGGCAUGAAACACGACAACAUCCUGCACUUCAUCGGCGUUGAAAAGAGGAACAACAAUCUGGACUUGGAGCUGUGGCUCAUCACUGCCUACCAUGAGAAGGGCUCGCUGACGGACUACCUGAAGGCCAACGUGGUGUCGUGGAACGAGCUCUGCCACAUCACCCAGACAGCGGCCCGCGGCCUGGCCUACCUUCAUGAAGACAUCCCCGGACACAAGGACGGACACAAACCCUCCAUUGCUCACAGGGACAUUAAGAGUAAGAACGUUUUGUUGAAGAGCAAUCUGACCGCCUGCAUCGCUGACUUUGGCCUCGCUCUGAAGUUUGAGGCAGGAAAAUCAGCAGGAGACACACAUGGACAGGUUGGAACGAGGCGCUACAUGGCUCCUGAAGUCUUGGAGGGCGCCAUCAACUUCCAGCGGGACUCCUUCCUGCGUAUCGACAUGUACGCCUUUGGCCUUGUCCUGUGGGAAUUGGCGUCGCGCUGUAGUGCAGCAGACGGUCCGGUGGACGAGUACAUGCUCCCCUUUGAGGAGGAGGUGGGCCAGCAUCCGUCUCUGGAGGACAUGCAGGAGGUGGUCGUCCACAAGAAGCUGCGCCCCUGUCUGCGAGAUUGCUGGCAGAAGCACGCGGGUCUCGCCAUGCUCUGCGAAACCAUCGAGGACUGCUGGGACCACGAGGCCGAGGCCCGGCUGUCGGCUGGCUGCGUCGAGGAACGUAUCGGCCAGAUGCAGCGCCACACGCCCGUCAUCGGCCCCGAGGAGAUCGUCGCCGUUGUCACCAUGGUGACAAAUGUGGACCUCCCACCAAAGGAGUCCAGCUUAUGAUCAACCAGUCAGUCAGCACCGUGAGAGGGCGAUUUGGAGCUGCUUCCAAUCAAUGCGAGAGGAUGAAGAGCCGACCCUGGUUGGUUGGCAGAGUGGGGUUUUUUUUUUUUUUUUUUUUGGGCUUUCUCUCUCUAUCGAGUCCCCCUCCCCCAAUCCAAAGUGCGGGCCGCUCCUCACGUUCAGAAAACGCCCGGUGUCACCGCAUCACUCGGCAUCCACAUCAUUUUGGUUCGUGUGCCUGAGGAUACUUCAACAUUACGUUUUAAACUCUCAUCCUGAGCAAACAACUCACGAUGUUGUGACAAAAACCACAACAUCUCCGUGUGAUGGCACGUGCGUGCUGGGACACUCAACAAACACUUUUUUCCAUGUAUUUGGUUUUUAUACACUCACAUAGGAGGGCCGGGUUUCCUGCAGAGAAUCGAGAGCUUUCACAGAACUCUCCGCCCAUUUUAGUGUUAAAAAAAAGUGAGCAACAAGCUCCCAAUGCAUUUGCUCUUUUCUUGUGUUUUUUCUUUCUUUUUUUUUAAAGAAAUGACUCUCUCUCUGCCAAUAAGCAACAGCUUCUGAAUGUUUCUAGUGUAAUGCUGCUGUACAUAGUGUAUUAUGGACCCAGACUACUUGUUAAUCAACUUAUUUUAAAGGGGUGCGGGUGAAGCGGGGGUGGGAGGGUCCUAUCCUUCUUUCUUUUUUUAAUUUAGCAUUACAACGUCAAAAAAACCAUAAACCUCCUUCAACCAGGUAUACCUCAGUUCAGACGGACAAUUUAAAUUCUCCCUCUUCGGUCAUAACGUUUCGUACACAAUAUCCAGAUCUGUCGGCUGUAACACUCGUGGGGUCACCUGAGCUGCAAAGCUUCGAUUACACACUCGUUUCUUUCCUCCUUUCUCUUUGAUUUUCACUGCCCCCCACCCCCAUUUUGUUGUAGAGCCAUACCGAUAUAUCAGUUGGCCAAUAAUAUCGGUCGAUAUGAGCCUUUCACCAAAAUAUUGGUAUCACUGCUAGAAAAAUAUGUUUUGGAAAUUGUGUCAGGACAUAGUUUGUCCAGCAGCAGGCGACCCAACAGUAUUGUUUACAGUCUGUCAAGCAUGGCUGGGACCCCAUCACCCCUUGGUCACAUUAGCUACAAAAGACAGAGGGACCAGCUGUCAUUCAUUUUCAGUCAAAGUGGGCGUUUUACAGUGAGAAGAGACAAGUGGUCGCUAUGCCACCAGCUACGUGAGGCCCAGAGAGACUAAAGAUCUAUUUUAUGCAAAUGCUGAUCAGUGCAACUCGGCAACUUCCAAUCCGAGCGCAGGCAGUAUAAUGUACACUGGUUAGUUGUCAGCUAUAUUUCUAGUUAUUUAUAAUAAAGUUCAUGUUUAAAGUGAUCAUUUUGAUUAUUUAAUGUUUGGAAUAAUUACCAUUUUGUAUAUAUCAGCAUAUAUAUCUGUAUCGUAAAUUUUUGACUCCCUAAUAUAGGUAUCAAAUCAACCCCCCCAAGAAAAAAAAAUUCCAUAUCGGUCAGGCUCUACUUGUUAGUGUGUGUGGUGUUUUUUUUGUGUGUGUGUGUUUGUUUGUUUGUUUGUUUGUUUUUUUGUGGUUUUGCUUUUUCAGGUGAUUUUCUUUUUUUCUUUUGCCUCCCCGUAUCAGCAGAGUCGCUGGGUACCGUGAAUGUUUUCCAGAACAGAAGAUAACGUACAACAGUUUUUCCAUGCUGAGUUAUUCUGUUAAUUAUGGCUGUAGCUGGAAAAGAAUUUAAUUUGGUUUAUUGAGAUGCUUCAGUUCUUCUGCUUUAAAGAGCAGAAAAUAAGACUUAACACUAAAGUCCAGACAGACAGAUUUAGUCUAAAUAUACACUGAAACACGUGUAAAAACUCGCCAGCGUGUCAGUGGAAGUUCUCUGCACAAGUUGACGUUCCUCAUCCUCAAAUGAUCUGCUGUUUCACACAUGUUGGAUUAGAUUCUAAUCCUAAUCCUAACCUUAGUGUUUCUCUACAAAGAAACACUUCACAUGUAGCUCUGACGGGGCUGCAUGAAUUUUCCCCGACUGGUAUGAGAAAAGUUUCCAAAUAUAAGUAUUACAUUAUAAACAAAAAU